UAUCAUACACUAUGGCAUCGAGACAGACGCCMAAAAUAUGUUCCAGAUACGGAUAUAGUGUUUACAAUUCAGACCUAUAGCAGUAGUCUUAAUGCAACUACAAUCACUUCAUAUUGCAUAGCCUACGGACCAGCAGACUGGGGUCACGUGUCUAAGAUCUGCAGCGACGGGAAACACCAGUCCCCAGUAGACAUCAACACAGAUGAUUCUGACAAUGAUUCUGAUGAUGAUGCUAAUCUUGAGCUAAGCCUUAGUUACGAUGAAGAAGUUGACGGCUUUAGUGAGGGAACCUUUAAAAACAACGGCCAUUCACCUACGUUCGCCAUCAUGAAAGGAGGAGCAACACUCAGGAACCCCAUCAACGAUAAGUUUUAUCGACUGGCCCAGUUCCAUUUUCAUUUUGGUUGCCAAGACAACGUAGGCUCUGAACACACGAUAAAAGGGAAACCUUAUCCAGGCGAGCUCCAUCUCGUUUUCUAUAAUACCGACCACGCAGAUGUUACCAUAGCUGCAAAUAARCCUGAUGGRCUGACUGUCAUUGGAGUAUUCCUGAAGAAAGAUAAAAGUGCUAAUUUGGAGUUGAAAAAGAUUGCUAAACAAGUGGAGAAAAUCGCAUCUGAAGGUGCYGAAGUUUCAGAUGCUAAAGUAAGUUUGAGGACUCUCCUUCCUGAUAAAUUGCGCUAUGGAACACACGAUUUCUACUCAUACAARGGAUCCCUCACUACCCCUGGUUGCUACGAAUCUGUCAGCUGGUUGGUUCUURAAAAUCCUCUAAAAGCUGAUGAUCAAGUGUUUGCUAGUUUCAGAAAACUCGAGUCUAAGCACGGRAAGCAUCAUGGGAAGAUGUGUGAUAACUUCCGCCCCACUCAGCAUUUGAACGGACGAGUAGUUACUUCGCACUCGACAGAUGACGACGACGACUAGACAUAAAGAGCUGUAUAACUGAGUUUGAGGGGAUUAUAUACACUCAGGGAUAUUGGAUUAGCUUUAGAAAUUUAAAUCUCGCGCUCAUAAACUUCAUGGUUAAAAUAAAUGUCUCCUUUGAUUUACA